AUGGAAGUUGAAGGAUCAUCGAAGAAGAUGAUAGCGACACAAGAGGAAAUGGUCGAAGCUAGGGUUCCGUUAGCGUACAGAGAUCAGUGUGCGCAUUUGCUGAUCCCUCUCAACAAGUGCAGACAAUCCGAAUUCUAUCUCCCAUGGAAGUGCGAGAACGAACGUCACUCUUAUGAGAAGUGCGAGUACGAACUCGUCAUGGAGAGAAUGCUUCAGAUGCAAAAGAUCCGCGAAAAGGCGAAAGAGAAUGAUAAACAAUCUCUCACUCAGGGCGGCGCUAUUCCUCUCAUUCCGAAACCUGCUAAUGCUUGA